AUGUCGCCUCCCGGGACAGCUGGAGUAUCGGAAUUAAUUAAGCAACAAUUAGCCAUUGCAGCAAGUGAUAAAAUAAAACAGUUGGCAUUUAGCAAACAGCAUUACCUGAUGUUCGGGCAGUUCAUGAUAUCCAGCUUUUCGCCAUUGUGCAAUAGUGGAUCCAUGAAAUACAACAAUAGUGAAAUACGAAUCCAAGAGAAGUAUUCUAUCAGCAGCAAUGGAAAUCACAUCAAGAAGAGCAGGUUCUGGUGCGGAAUGGAAAGAGUAGGAAAUCAAAGACGGUUGAAUCAUAACGACAGAGUUAGAAACAUUUUCUCUGUUCAGUAUCAUUCUAAAGGUCAAAUUCAGCCUGAAGAAUAUUAUAAGGACGAAUCUAUAAGAACCAAGAAUUACGCUACUGUACUCAAGUCCAGCAACCCAUCUUCUAGAAAGAGUAGUGGCACGAAGUCUCAUUUGUCCACUGCCAUGCUGAUAACUGGAGAUGCAUAUCACUGA